UGUGCUUGCGAUUGCACCGGCGUCUACUGCGACCUUGCGAAAAAGCUUUCCGUGUGAGCGUGUCUGCCUGUCUGACAUCGUCGAUCUCCAUGACGACGACGACCCCGCGCGUGUGGCUGCUCGCCAUGGCGCUGGCGCUCGCCUGCGUGCUGCUCGUCAGGUCCGCCGACGCCGCCGAGUACGGGUGCAACCCGGCCACGGACAAGACGUGCAAGCCCGAGGGCAUGGGGGUGGUGCUGCCGGGCGGCGGCAUUGACCUCGACGGCGACGGCGACGAGGACGAGCUGCCGCAGUUCGAACCCCACCUCACGAUCCUCGGCCAUGCCCGAGAGUAGUUGGUCGAUCGUCCGCGUUACGUGUCUCAGCCGAUCUACUGGACGACAUGAUGUACUGUCACAUUUGCCUUGUAAUUUCUGUUGUUAAUUUGAGGGCGAGAGUAAUUAAAUGAGCAUAUGAUGGUAAUUUAUUCAAUGUGUAUUAUUUGUUCAAA